UACCUGUUGUGUAGUCAGAAUAAGCAGCGAAUUGGGACUGCAAUAUCUGCUGAGGAAGAGGAGGGGGGUUUCUUCUUGAGGAUGGGGAUUUACAGAACAGCUCACUCUGUUGCCUUCCUUGUAUGAUUCCCUGAACGUUCCACUCCUGGCACAGCCAACACCUGGAUAUACAGGUGAACUGAUAGAAGAGAUGAAGCCCUUCCUUGCCUGUCUGUCAGUUGGGAUAACUGAAUACCUGCGUAUGACAUCCUGUUAUAAUACACAUUCCUAUACACAAGCUCUGCCUGUGUAAUGUGAAAUUGCAGCUAUAGCCUAAACCUUGGCUGUGUGUUUUGUUUUGCCAACAGACUUGUACUCAGUAUAAAGGGUCUGAUACUUGUAAUGUGUCAUCUUGGCCUGUGACUGUCUUCUAUAGACUGAAUCCUUUCCUGUUUCUCUACAUCCUAAAUGUCGGAAAUGGAGUCAAUACCUCCACCCCGGACCCCUCCUGACCCAGGACGAAUGCAGAAUGAUGUCAUAGAGGAGCACAUGGAACUCUGGUGGUUCAAUGAACCUGUAAAGUCUAUAAUGUGUUACUCUUUGUCAGUUCUUCUCAUCCUAUUAACUGGCAUCGGAGGUAUCGUCCUCCUCUCCACCACCACCACUAGGUCUGGUGAAUGGAGACUAGUUGUAGGAGCCAUACUAUGUUUAUUAUCACUACUGAUCUUACUGAAACAACUUCUGAGCUCUGCUGUGCAGGACAUGCAGUGCGUGCAAAGACGCGAGCGUAUAGAGAUGUUAAAAAGUGGUGGCUUUUCCGACACGUUAGUUUUUAUUUUGAGUGGUAUCAUAAUUCUUGUAUGUGGGGUUGCACUUUUGAUACUGUCAUUCACUAAUGAGACACCUGGUUUAUCCCCAUUGCUGGUAACCAUGCACACUGUGGGAAUAACUCUUAUUGUAGUGGGGGCAACAAUUCUUUUUGGUGUUCUGGUCUAUGCAAUAGUGACAAACUGCAAAUCUUAUCCUUCCGCUCGCUUUAACCCCAGGAACAUAAGUGUGUUCAGUAUCUCUGGACACCUUAAUGCCAACCAGCGCCAGACCACAACUUCUAGUAUGGCAAACCUCAUCUAGCAUUGACUAGUCCAAAAGAAAGUUCACCUGAACCUCUGAGAUCAAUCAAGUCUCAGUCAUUUUGGGAAAGAAGCCUCGGAAAAACAGCAACUGAUAUUUACAACAGAACAUAUAUGGAUGAUUUGUAAAUUCUGGCAAAGGGUCCUGGAACUGUAUCCAGGAAACAAUCUCCAAAAUAGAUAAUCCAUUCUGAUCAUUUUAUUAUAGCGUAAUCUUGUAUGUGUCUAAUAAACCAUUAUGUUGGGUAGCUGCUAACGCUUAUGGUUUUGAGCAACUGAUUAGGUGUCCGGACACCAAAGAGUUAAAGAGGUGGCAGGUCCAUCUCAAUAUUAAUGACUGUUCUUGAUGUUAAAAAGUUAAUGUGACAUUUGAUAGACACCAUAAGUACACAGUAAAUAUAGCAGCUGGGCUGGUUCUAGGCUAUACAAAUUAUAGGUACUGACAAAAACAAUGGUAAAUUUCACUGCACUGUGAAAGAUUUUAUCUUCUGCUAAUUAUUGCAGUGUUUAUUUGUUACUUUUCUUUUUGUCUUUGACAGAACUCUUAAAGUGACAUGAAACCCCAACAGGUUUCUUUCAUGAUUCACAUAGAGCAGCAAUUUUAAGUACAUUUCUAAUUUACUCCUAUUUUUGGUUCAGCACCUGGGUAGCGCUUGCUGACUGGUGGCUAAAUGUAGCCACCCAUAAGCAAGCGCUAUCCAGGGUGCUGAACCCAAAAUGGGCCUGCUCCUAAGCUUUACAUGCCUGCUUUUAAAAUAAAGAUAGCGAGAGAACAAAGAAACAUUGUUGAUAAUAGUAGUAAAUGAAAAAGAUACUUAAACCGCUGCUCUAUCUGAAUCAUGGAAGCUGUGUUCAUCACAGGACUAGCAAUGCUAAUCAGAAGCAACAAUUCACUGUGUGUUUAACACCUCAAUUCUGUUUUAAAGGGAUAUUAAAGUCAAAAUUAAACUUUUUACACACAGAGUGUGUAAUUUUAAGGUACUUUUUAAAGUUACUUCUGUUAGCAAAUGUAUUUUGUUGGUAAACUGCCUUAUGUUUUAGUGAUAAGCAUACCUAGAUAGGCUCAGGAGCUAGCUGGUGAUUGGUGGUUACACAUAUGCCUCUUGUCAUUGAUUCAUCAGAUGUGCUCAGCUAGCUCCCAGUGGUGCUGUUCUUUAGCUGACAUUACCCUUUGCAGGGGUUAAUAGAGCAAUUCUAAAAUACUCUGACACUUUGCACUUUUAUGUCCUUUUAGGCAACAGUGCACAGUAGGUGAGGUUAUUAUUGCUCAUAUACUGUGCAGCUCUUGUCAGUUACUGUGAAUAGAUACAAGUUGUGCUGUGCUAAUGGGAUGUGUUUUAUAUGCAGACAUCUCAUCCCCAGCUCAGGAAUUUAAAUACAAUAUAUGUUUUCCAGGUUUUAAAAUCAGCCCCAUCUUUGGUUUACAAUAGUCUAUCUUUAUCUCCAUAGAUAUUGAAAAAAAUAAUACAUGGUAAUUACAAAGAUGCCCUUCUCCAUGUCUUAGUGACAGCUAAGGGACCACAAUUGCUUAGCUCCUUAUACUGUGACAGUAGAUCAGCAGCUUUCGCUCACAGUGUCCUAUAAAGUAAUUGGUCACUCAUAAAGUUCUGACAAAUGUACUUUAAAAACACAAAAUGGACAUUUUUCAGACUUCUUAAAGGGACAGUCUAGUCAAAAAUUAAACUUUCAUGAUUCAGAUAGGGCAUGAAAUUUUAAACAACUUUAAAAUUUACUUUUAUCAUCAAAUGUACUCUGUUCUGGUAUUCUCUGCUGAAAGCUAAACCUAGGUAGGCUCAAACUGAUUUCUAAACUGUUAAAAACUGCCUCCUAUCUCAGCGCAUUUUGACCGUUUCUUCACAGUUAGGCAGAGCUAGUUCAUGUGCCAAAUAUAUAAUAUUGUGCUCACUCCCAUGGAGUUAAUUAUAAGUCAGAACUGAUUGGCUAAAAUGCAAGCAUGUCAAAAGAACUGAGAUAAGGGGGCAGUCUGCAGAGGCUUAGAUACAAGGUAAUCACAGAGGUAAAAAGUAUAUUAAUAUAACCGUGUUGGUUAUGCAAAGCUGGGGAAUGGGUAAUAAAGGGAUUAUCUAUCUUUUUAAACAAUACAAAUUCUGGAGUAGACUGUCCCUUAAAUGCUGAACAAGGAAUUCAUACACAUUGUACAUAUUAUAUUUUAUGAUUUAAUUAUCAGGUUGUGGAAUGAAAAAUAAUAUAAAUAUAUAUAUACUGCAAGUAUUUAAUGAGAGAUACUAAUAUAUAUUUCAAAUUGACACAAUAAUAAAACAAGUAGUUUUGUGAUUUUUCUGAUUGUAACUUUUGUGAUUUGUCUUAAAUCAAAUUAACAAAGUCAAUGCUUAUCCCUUUGAUUGCCGAUUACUUGAUGCAUUCUAUUGCAGCCCUCUCCAGGCAUCAAGGGGUCAAAUGAUUAACCAAUCACAGAGGAGGAUUACAAGAGAUGGAACUUGUGUGAAAUGGUAUUGUUGAAAACUAAUCUUCUAGCUAUAAAUAAAAUUAUUUUUUUUUAAA